AAGAUGCAAUGCAGCCAGUCUACUGAAAGUAGUUGCGCUACAAGUAGUAUAUAAGAAACCUGUACAUACCGGAAGUAAAGUGAUUCAUCCUUCAUUGUAGAGUUCAAAAUGGCGAAACUUUCAGAAGAUCAGAUUGUUGAAAUCCAGGAGACUUUCAACCUGUUUGACCAGCGGGGAGACAACAAGAUAGCAGCCCACCAGCUGGGAGAUGUUCUCCGUGCCCUCUCACAGAACCCCACAGAGAGUGAAAUAAAGAAAUGUGGAUAUGCUUCCAACCCAGAUGCCCGCAUCUCCUUCGAGGUGUUCCUCCCCAUCUGGCAAACAGUCUCCAAGAACCGCACGGUCCCGCCACUAGAAGACUUCAUCGAAGGGUUCCGGGUGUUCGAUAAGGAUCAGAACUUCUACAUCUCCAGUGCUGAAUUGAGACAUAUACUCACGUCACUAGGGGAGAAGCUGACAGACGAUGAAGUGGAUCAGCUGUUCCAGGGACAGGAAGACGCACAGGGAAACAUCAACUAUGAAGAGUUCAUCAAGAUGGUCAUGAAUGGAUGAAGUUCUGUGGAUCCUUGUUGAAGAUCAAAGCCAACACCAUGUCGUUACAGUUUUGACAUCAACUUUUAAAAUCAACUGAGAUACAUUUAUGGGCAUUGUGAAGACUUUGAAUCUUUUGUAAAUACUUGAACUGUGAAACAAGAAAAGUAUCAGCCCUUUAUCUUCAACUCAUUACAUUUUUAUGUAACGAGACAAUCUGGCACAAAAACCUUGGUCAUUUCUGUUAAUUUUUGUCAGUUAUCAUGCCCAAAGAUGAAUUUUUGUCUUGUUAAUGAAAUCAUACUGUUGAUACAUAACUUGAGUAUGUUUUCAAGAACCUCUGCUAUCUGGCUUUAACUGAUUUUCUUGUUUUGCUGUUUACGCUAGCUUCGUGUUCAUUAUACCACCAUUUAUCACUUAUGCUUAUAACUUCCACAUGCAAGACACUAUACUUUUUCCCAAACGUACAAUUUUAGUACAACCUUUCAAAAUCGACAUACAUUGUAUUACAGAUACAUUUACCGUAUGAAUCUUUGAAGAGACAUCCUAAUCACGUCUCCAUUUAAUCAUGAUUUGUGGGAUAGGAUCAAGAGUUUCAUUGUAUACUGUGUCCCAUGUUAUGGAUGAGAUACUUUCAGUGUUCUGUUUUGAUGUGAUGGCUAGUGGAGUAUUGGGACAAACAAAAGAAUUCUCUUUUUGAAAGAACCUUAACUUCAGAAAUUUCAGAUUCUUCAUUUAUAAAAGUAUACAAGUUGAAGAGAUAGGUUAGGAAACAUUAUAUACACAUUUAAUGCUAUAUUUAUACCUGGUAUAUAUAUCAUUCCAUACAAUCGUAGAUGAAAGAAUAAACGCAUUAUAAGAAGAA